AUGACUUCUAAUCCUACAACAAUAUUAGCUUGGAAACCAAAUCAACGACCGUAUCCACCAACAAAUAGACAUAGUCUUAUUGAUCCACAUGAUCGACCUUACUUUGAGUUUGGUCUUUUCGAUGCUAAUACACUGCGAACAAAAUUCGCUUUUUAUUUGGAACCAGAUCCACUAAUCGAAGACACGGAACAACAACAAACCAAUGGUCGUAGAAGAAAGUGCCACAAUCCUAACGACCGUAUGAAUGCACGAGCGAUAGCUCUUUCAGGCGUCGGAGAUGCACCAAUCUUAUUUUUCUGA